AUGUCGGCCGGCGAAAAAGAACUCGAGGCGUCGGUACGCGUCGAUGCCUCUAAUUACUACCUGGAGAGCGGUUCCUCGACUGAGAAUACCAUUCCCGUGGGAGUGAGCGAGAGGAAACUGAAAUGGAAACUCGAUCUCUCCAUCAUGCCUCUCCUUUCGUCAAUCUUCUUACUGGCGGUCUUGGGGCAGUCAAACAUAGGCAACGCCUACAGUGCAGGGCUGGCCCAAGACCUCGCCAUAACGCCCAAGAUGUUUGCCGACACGAACAGCUUGUUCUUGGUUGGCUCUGUAGUCGGCCAGCUUCCUGCUACUCUUCUAUUGAGGAAACUCGGCCCUCAGCGACAGUUCGCGGGCGCUCUCCUAGCAUGGGGCCUCCUUACCAUCGGCGCAUCUUACUCCAAAACCUAUGCCGCGCUCACCGUCUGUCGAGUAUUCAUAGCAAUCUCCGAGGCUAUGAUCCAGGGCGCCAUCUUCUAUCUGUCUUUCUGGUAUAAAAACGAAGAGCUUGCAACUCGUGCCGCCGUUCUCAACGCCACCAAUGCCCUCGCAGGAGGCUUCAGUGGCUUGAUUGCCUACGCCAUUCAAAGGGAUCUCAAUGGCCGCAAUGGCUGGAGCGCAUGGCGGUGGAUUUUCCUAGUUGAGGGCAUCCUGCCGGCAGUUUGGUCACUCGUGAUAUUCUUCUUACUCCCUCCAACACCAAACUCGAUUCGUCGGGGUUUCAGCGAAAAGGAGAAGGCGUUGCUGGUACAACGAGCGGCCGCCGCUCACAACACCGGCGUGAACAAGAUCGUACCCAAGCUGAUCUUGCAAGUCUUGAUACAGCCGCAGUUCUGGCUCAUCGCCUUCACACAAGCCUCCAUGUUAUUGUGCUCUACUACAACAGCCAACUUUCUGCCCGCCAUCAUGCAGGGUCUCGGCUAUGAGGGGACGAGAGCGCAGCUGAUGAGCGUCAUUCCGUACGCAGCGUCCUUUGUGGCCAAUCUUGUUCUUUGCCGGCUGUCCGACUGGUCUAGACAUCGAGCAUUCUGGAUUCUCGGCUGCUGUCUUGUCACUGCUGCUGGCUACAUUGUGCUCCUCACCACAACCAACCUUACCGGACGAUUGGUGGCCACCUGUCUCAUCACGGCUGCUUCCUCUGCGCCUGCAACUAUAUGUUUUGCGUGGAUGGCGAGUGCGAAUGUUGGCUACACGUUCAGAGGAAGCGCUAUAGCCAUGACGAAUAUCAUAUCCCAGCUCGUCGCCCUGGGAGGCCAGCAAGGGUUUAUUGACCCGCCAUUGUAUCAUCGAGGAGAAAAGGUCGCACUUUCAGUCGUCCUUGUCGGGGCUUUACUCACGGUGAUUACGAUGUUGUAUUUCAACUGGAUGAAUGCGAAGAAGAGACAAGAGCAAAGUUCUGAAAAAGCCGCUGAAUUGCGAGCCCUGAGCGUUGACGAAAUUGGCAACAAGCACCCCGACUUCUUCUUUAGUAUCUAG